AUGGCGCUGCCCGGGCUGGUGGUUCUCUUGGCGGCCGCGACGGCUGGGGCUUCCUGCGCCCCGCGGUGGGAGUCGAUUGCCAGUUUGCGGCCUGAGGCUGCGGAGGCGAGGCAAGCAGGGGCGGUGCGGGAGCUGCUGGAGCGGCUGGUGGGCCCGCGAGCCGCCUCCGGCUUCACGGUGUCGGUGAACCACUCCUUAGCCGGGCCCGGAGGUCUCGACACGUACCGGCUGAGCUCCAGGACUCCGGGAUUGGUCGACGUCGCCGGCUCCAGCGGAGUGGCCGCCGCCUCGGGGAUCUAUCGCUAUUUAAAGGACUUUUGCGGCUGCCACGUCUCGUGGUCCGGCAGGCAGCUCCGACUCCCAGAGAGGCUGCCCCCGGUAGCCUCCGAAAUAAUUGUCACCAGCCCCAACAGGUUCCGCUUCUACCAAAAUGUUUGCACUCAGAGCUACUCCUACGUCUGGUGGAGCUGGGAACGGUGGGAACAAGAGAUCGAUUGGAUGGCCCUCCACGGCAUCAACAUGGCUCUAGCAUUCACCGGCCAGGAAGCAAUCUGGCAGCGGGUGUAUUUGUCUUUGGGACUGAACCAGUCGGAGAUCAAUGAGUAUUUCACAGGCCCGGCCUUCCUCGCUUGGAACCGCAUGGGGAACCUGCAUACCUGGGCAGGGCCGCUGCCUCUCUCCUGGCACCUGAAGCAGCUCUAUUUGCAGUAUAGGAUCCUGGAGAGAAUGCGUUCCCUGGGAAUGUUGACGGUGCUGCCCGCCUUCUCUGGACACAUCCCCCAUGGCAUUUUAAGGGUUUUCCCCCGGCUCAAUGCGACACGUCUGGGAAGCUGGAGCCACUUUGACUGUGCCUGCUCGUGCACCUACCUCCUGUCGCCUGAAGAUCCCAUGUUCCAGGUCAUCGGGACCCUUUUCCUAAAAGAACUGAUCAAGGAGUUUGGAACCGACCACGUCUACAGCGCUGACACUUUCAACGAGAUGCGCCCACUCUCAUCGGAACCCUCCUACCUGUCCAAGGUCAGCGCGGCUGUUUUCCAGUCGAUGGCCGGAGCUGACCCUGGAGCUGUGUGGCUGAUGCAAGGCUGGCUCUUCCAGCACCAGCCUGACUUCUGGCAGCCGGCCCAAGUCCGAGCGCUCCUGCGGGGCGUGCCUCUUGGCCGGAUGGUGGUGUUGGACCUUUUUGCCGAAUCCAAGCCCGUCUAUCCUUGGACAGACUCCUUCUACGGGCAGCCUUUUAUCUGGUGCAUGCUUCACAACUUCGGUGGGAACCACGGUCUUUUCGGCACGGUGGAGAGCGUCAACCAGGGCCCCUUUGCGGCCAGGCGGUUCCCCAACUCCACCAUGGUGGGCGUCGGCCUGACCCCCGAAGGCAUCGAGCAGAACGACGUGAUGUACGAGCUCAUGACGGACCUGGGCUGGCGCAAGGAGCCGGUGGACCUUCAGCAGUGGGUGGCUGAUUACGCCGCGCAGCGCUACGGCGCCAGGGACGCACAGGCGACAGCCGCCUGGCAGUUGCUGCUCCGGAGCGUCUACAACUGCUCGGGGGUUUGCGUCAACCACAACCACAGCCCGCUCGUGCGCCGCCCGUCCUUGCGGAUGAACACGGAGCUGUGGUACAACCAGAGCGCUGUCUAUGAAGCCUGGCGGCUGUUGCAGAGUGCUACCGGAGAGUUGUACGCCAGUAGCACCUUCCGCUAUGACUUGGUGGACGUGGCUCGCCAGGCCAUGCAGCAGCUGGUGAGCGACUAUUACUGGGAGAUCAAGCAGGCGUUCCAGGGCCAUGUGCUGUCUCGCCUGCUCACUGCCGGCGGCGUGCUGGUCUACGACCUCCUCCCAGAACUAGACAGCCUCCUGGCCAGCGACAAGCGGUUUUUGUUGGGGCGCUGGCUGGAAUCCGCCCGUUUGACGGCCACCAGCGACAAAGAGGCGGAGCUGUAUGACCUCAACGCGCGCAACCAAUUGACGCUCUGGGGACCUCUCGGCAACAUCUUGGACUACGCCAACAAGCAGCUAGGAGGGCUGGUGUUGGACUAUUAUGGGGUGCGUUGGACUCUCUUUGUUUCCACCCUGGUGGAGUGCCUCGACGCUGGCACACCCUUCCACCAGAACCAAUUCAACCAAGCCGUUUUCCAGGUGGAGAGGGGCUUCAUCUACAAUGGGAAACGGUACCCAGUCCGGCCCAUCGGUAACACCCUGGCGAUAGCCCAGAAGAUAUUUCUGAAGUAUUACCCUGCUGCCUUGAAGCGUGGACAUACGGGUGCUGUGUGAAGACUUCUUAUGGAGAGAAACUGUUCCGCUGUUUGGACCAUAAGUCCAAAACUUGUUUUGUGCUCGAGCUCCGAGCCCGACCCGAUGCUACGUCGCUCGGGUAACUGUUCUGAAUGCCUGUUCCAAAUGGAACUGGAACUCCGGCCAGGAAGGCAGUUGCUGAUUGGCAGAGAGAGAGCUGUGGGGCUAAACUGGGCCUGGAAAUUUGUGCCCUUUGACCUGGAAACACUUUCUGUCUGGUUCCUGAUUUGUAAAAGCCGGUGUGUGUGAUAACCAUUGUCAGGAACUUGGCACAUACUCAGGGUCCUUUUUGUCCUCAUCGUUCUAGGAUUCCGGCUCACAUUGAGCCAGAAGCGGGCUCUCCUUUGCCUUAAUUGGAACGGAAAAGCGGUGGAAGGCCUUCUGAACAAGCUGUCUGCCGGAGACCAUCCAAGCGCCACCGCCAGCUUUCCUUCCUCCCCAUGGCUUCCUCUGUGCCAUUCAGACCACGGUGCCUCCCAAACCGGCGCUCUUAUGCUGCAGAAAGUACUUGCAGAGCCUAUUGUGCCAGACGGUUUCUGCAAGCGAGCAAGUGGGGCUUAGAGGGCCUUUAAGGGGCGUGAGACCAAGCCGCUAGACACCCUUCCUCCCCGUGCCUUGGCAAGCGAGGGAAGUUAACCCGCUGAUUGCAGAGCUCUAGUGAUUGUAGGGGUUAUUGGCUUGACCCCCCCCCACACACACGCACGCACGUGAGGAGGGAGCUGAGCUGUUUGCGUGGGGACUCCCCUUUUGCCAAGGUAGCCUUCCCGAGCGAGCAAGAGCUGUUUGGGUUGGGGAGGGAGGAGGUCGACAGACCCUUUGGAGUAGAACCGGUGUUUCACCAAAGUGAACCAGCUGACACUUGGCAACAGAGCGCAGAGGGAGGGUUUAGGCCGUUUGUGUAGUACCGGGUGUUGCUUCCUUCUUCUGUAAGAAUGAGGAAUUUCGGAUUUGGAGGCAGGCGACAAAGGAGGAAAAAAGAGUCUCUGAAAGUAAGGAAGGCUACAGCCAAAGUAUCCCGCUUGCAGUGGCUUCAGCUAGGGGAGAGGCCGGCUUCCAGAACUGUAUCCCUUCCGUCUUAUUAGCCGGUAAUCUUGUCAGGCAUUCCCAUAAUGCUGCUAAUAUUUUUGCUGCAUGGGGAAGAGUUUCCCUUCCCUUUUUUCCAGUGCCUUAUUGCUCCAGAGUAACUAAGGGGGUGCAUUUGCGUCUGUAUAUUAGUGUCGUUUGCAAAACUGUCUUAUUUCCAGUUUAAUAUUUGAUGGGGAAACUGCCCUCUUGUGGCAGAAAGGAGCAAUAACAAGGGCUCUGCGUACUCUUGAGUGUUAGCAAAAGGCGAACACAACACGUGGUCCCGUGGAGAGGCAGACUUGCAUAUAUGUGUUGAUUUUGUAUAAUUCAUCUUGUAACAAGGACAGGGAGUGAGCUACGUGUGGCACCAAAGCCUGCGGAAUGAGGCCUCAGCACCCCACGGCUCCCUUGGGAAACACAACGAAACACUGGAACUUCUUUACAACUUUAAGGGCUAGUAACUUGGUGUGUGUUUUUUUUAAAUCAAAGCCAAAAUUCUCAAGGUGUUGAACCCUGUGAUGAAGGCCAGUUUCUGCACUACUCUGACGUGCACAUGGAACACGCUUAUCCUCUGUGAUGGCAAGACCAGUGGUUUUAAGUGCCCGUAGAAUGUCGUCGGAGCAGACGGUAGCACCGAAGAGUGCCAAUUUUCAUCUACCCAGAGGAGAAACCCCGGCCAGAUUGCAGUAGCCACUGAAAAGCCUUUUUUCCCUGACGGGGAUCCAUGUGGCAGGGGUCAGAUUGUAAAUGUUUCUAGGGAGCAAAUGGGUCUAAAUGUACGAAGCUUUUACAGCAUUGCAUAAAUCUGGGGGCAGCUGCCGCUGUU